AUGAACAGAUCCAGGGAUAAACUCUGCGCCUUUUGUCAACCCUUUGUCAACAAAUGCGUCAGAGAGGCACUGGUAUCAUUUGAACAUGAAACCGGGUGUUUUUCUUACCUUGAAACAUCAGCCCGCGAUGGUUGCCCUCUCUGCGGCGUUAUCGUGGCUUGUAUAGUUGACGGCAAAACACUGACCCCGUUGCACCUCCGGAGGAAAGAUCUAUCGCCGAUAAAACUGAGUGUUUCUCUUGAUUCACUCGACAUCUCUGUUGAUUCGGCCUCUGGAACGGAAUUAGGGGUGGUGUCAGUGAAGACCCUUCGAGAUCCCCCUGAAAGCUUUAUUGAAGAUGAUGUAUUGGGAGAUCCAUCUUUGCUACAGAAGGCACUUGAGGACAAAACCACCUCGCCUUUCCGCAUAUCUACCAACUUCCGCACGAUUGACGAAGUCUUUGACGAGCGAAAGUAUAAGGGCCGACGGGAGAUGUAUUGUGUUGAACGUAAUGGAGCCGACAUGCCCCGGAAGAUAUGCGACCUUGCCACCGAGGCAGGGCAACAAGAGAUGGCUGGACUGGUGACGCAGCGGUUGGAGACAUGCUGGGCUCAUCACGAGCAGUGUGCUGGGCCGCAAGACCAAAACCUGGUCCUUCCCCUGUUGCCAACUCGUGUCUUGGAUGUUGGGACGCCCGAAUGCCCCUAUCUUCGUCUACACGUUCCGGAAGAUGGCGAGAGGAAGGAAUACACAUGCCUCAGCUAUUGCUGGGGAACAGGAGUCCCCCAGUUCGGGACCACGAAAGCGACGUUGGAUGAUUUGCGAAAGCAAAUUCCCUUUCAGCAGCUACCAAAGACAGUCCAAGACGCCAUCGUGUUUACAAGACGACUCCGAACCCGGUAUCUAUGGGUUGAUGCGCUGUGUAUCAUCCAAGACGACACUUCAGACUCCAGUGAUUGGCAACGCGAAGUGGCUCGGUUCGGCACCUACUAUCAAAAUGCCCUCUGCACUUUGUCCGCGACCGGAUCCUACGAUUCCAGCGAAGGGCUCUUUCUUCCAAGUUGGGAUCGAAUUUACCCCACAUACUUUUGUAUGCUGUUGAAUCGGGGUUCCCAAGAACCGCUAUACUAUACCUGGCUUCCAUCGGUUCAUGAUCCUUGUUCGCUCAUCUCCAAGACACCACUUUCGAUGCGAGGAUGGCCAGCUCAGGAAAAGUUACUAUCUCCUCGGAUUGUUCACUUCACCCGUCGGUACGUCGUCUGGGAGUGCUUUGAGCAUAUCGCUUCGGAGCGCGAUCCAGAAGGAGAUGUGACAACAGGGCUCGAGGAAGAUGUUGACAUACUGCCUGGUUUCUCAAAGUGGUGGAUGCCCCACUUAGUAGGAGAUCAGCAUCCCAUGUCUGCUUGGUCUACACUGUGUGAUUGGUAUAUGAAGCAGAAGUUCUCAAGGAGAUCAGACAGACUUCCGGCACUGUCUGGAGUGGUACAACGCCUUCAAGAAGAUACCAAGAACCAGUUUUACGCUGGCUUGUGGGAAGGCCCUCUUUGCUCCUUCGUGGUCCUGGGUACAUGCGACAGGAAAAUUACGUCUCGAACAUAUGUCUUGGGAGAGCAUAUUCUCGACAGACGCGCAUGCUUCAACCACAACUUCGGCCAUAGAGCCCCGGAUUCUUGCAUCAAGGUUCGGGAAACUAGCCAUGGAAUUGAUGGUUCGACAACUUCAGGCACCAUAGCCAUGUCCGGCAUCCUCAGCACGCUGAACUUGGGAGAAUUGCGCUAUAAACAAGACUCAGGAACGAGCAAUAGGUGGAUGAUGGAUGGCGACCUGCCUAUGGUGGCAAUACAUUGGGAUCGAUUACCUUUGGAGGUAGACCCUCAUGACACCUACGUCUGCCUCCGACUGAGUGAAUCCAAGGAAAGUUGGAAGGAAAGGCGCGAACAAGAGGUUAUCAAGGCCCUGGUAUUGGUUCUAGUGUCAAAUGAUGAAAAUGGGACCCCUGAAUACCGGAGGGUUGGGCGUGGUACUUUUUGGCAGGAUAUUUGGGACGGGGGUAAACCUGAGUGGAAGUACAUGAAGCUUGUAUAG